CGACGACAUAAAAAAUAAUUUCUACUAUUGUGUUAUCGUCUUUAGUAAGAGUUGUGGGGAAAAUUCGAAAAAUACUUUAAAAAAAUUAAAAAAAAACAAAAAAAAUAGAAACAAAAAAUAAAAAUGUCACGAUUGUUAAUUUUUGCAGUAUUAACAAUUUGCAUUGCAUUUAAUUAUGCAGCUGAUUUUUAUCCGACUAAAUAUGAUAACGUUAAUAUUGAUGAAAUUCUUAAUAAUUCAAGAGUUCGUAAACAAUAUUCGAUGUGUUAUUUAGGCACUGGACCGUGUGUAACGUCGGAUGCGACAUUUUUUAAAGAAAUCUUCACAGACGCAAUAGCCACAAAAUGCAAAAAAUGUACAGAGAAGCAAAAGGAGAUUUUUGAAAAAAUUGUCGUUUUUUACAUGAGAGAGGAGCCAGAAGUAUGGAGAACUAUAUUAGGAAAUCUAAUUAAAGGAAGACGAUCAUCGUAGACUUCAAUUUAUUAAUAUAGAAAUUAUAUAAUUGACAAUUUUUAAUAGUUCCUUGCAAUACAUUUUUUUAUUAAUAAAAA